AUUUAACAAGAUAGCCAAGAGGUUAGCCCAACGCGGCCCAGCAUGGUGUCGGCCAUCUUCUUCUUCUUCUUCCCAGCCGCCAUGGCUCCUCCUCCUCCUUCCUCCUCCGUUGCUCUUCGACGAUUCAACCCAGCCGCCAUGGAGAGCGGAGGGAGGUAGCUGACUAGCUGGGGCUGGGGAUUUCCGGCGAACGGAGGUGAGGUUGGUGCCGCUCCGGCCGCUACUUCCGCGACCCAAAGAAUCGGCAAGUCCAUAGAUACCGGACCUCCGCGAAUGCCCCGCGGCCAUAGACGCCGCCGCCGCUGCGCAUGCGCCACCACCACCUCGCCGUCGCCGCCGCGAGGUCCCACGCCUCCCUCCUCAAGUCCGGCGUCGCCGCCCCCACGCCCUGGAACCAGCUCCUCACCGCCUACUCCCGCUCCUCCCCCGAUGGCCUCGCCGCCGCGCGCCGGGUGUUCGACGAGGUGCCCCGCCGCGACGAGGUCUCCUGGAACGCGCUCCUCGCCGCGCAAGCCGCGUCCGGCGCGCACCCGGAAGCAUGGCGCCUCCUCCGGGCCAUGCACGCGCAGGGGCUCGCUUCCAACACGUUCGCCCUCGGCUCGGCCCUCCGCUCCGCCGCCGUAGCGCGGCGUCCUGCCAUCGGCGCCCAACUGCAGUCGCUCGCUUUGAAAUCCGGCCUUGCCAACAAUGUGUUCGCGGCAAGUGCAUUACUUGAUGUGUAUGCUAAAUGUGGCCGCGUGAGGGAUGCCCGACAGGUGUUUGAUGGAAUGCCAGAGCGGAACACUGUUUCUUGGAAUGCACUCAUUGCCGGGUAUACUGAAUCUGGGGACAUGGCAUCUGCACUGGAGCUGUUUCUUGAGAUGGAAAGAGAAGGUUUGGCUCCAGAUGAAGCAACAUUUGCGUCGCUGCUCACAGCAGUUGAGGGCCCAAGCUGUUUCUUGAUGCACCAGUUGCAUGGGAAGAUUGUGAAGUAUGGAUCUGCGUUAGGGCUGACAGUGUUGAAUGCAGCAAUCACUGCAUAUUCACAAUGUGGGUCCCUGAAAGACUCUAGAAGGAUCUUUGAUGGAAUUGGGGACAUUAGGGAUUUGAUCUCAUGGAAUGCGAUGCUUGGAGCUUACACUCACAAUGGAAUGGACGACGAGGCGAUGAAAUUCUUUGUUAGGAUGAUGCAAGAGAGUGGAGUUCAUCCUGACAUGUAUAGUUUCACAAGUAUCAUAAGUUCAUGUUCAGAGCAUGGGCAUGAUGAUCAUCAAGGGAGAGUAAUUCAUGGGUUGGUGAUCAAGAGUGCUCUGGAAGGAGUCACGCCUGUUUGUAAUGCUCUGAUUGCCAUGUACACUAGGUACAAUGAGAAUUGCAUGAUGGAAGAUGCAUACAAGUGUUUUAACUCUUUGGUGCUUAAGGACACAGUGUCCUGGAAUUCUAUGCUGACUGGAUAUUCACAGCACGGUUUGAGUGCCGAUGCCUUGAAGUUCUUCAGAUGUAUGUGUUCGGAAAAUGUUAGAACCGAUGAGUAUGCAUUUUCUGCGGCUCUGCGGUCCUCUUCUGAACUUGCUGUGCUUCAGUUAGGUAAACAAAUACAUGGUUUAGUCAUCCAUUCUGGUUUUGCUUCCAAUGAUUUUGUUUCCAGCUCGCUAAUCUUCAUGUACUCUAAGAGUGGCAUUAUUGACGAUGCACGGAAAUCUUUUGAGGAGGCAGAUAAGAGUAGUUCAGUGCCUUGGAAUGCUAUGAUAUUUGGUUAUGCACAACAUGGACAAGCUGAAAACGUAGACAUACUUUUCAAUGAGAUGCUGCAACGUAAGGCUCCUUUGGAUCACAUAACGUUUGUUGGCCUAAUUACUUCCUGCAGUCAUGCUGGUCUUGUAGAUGAAGGGUCAGAGAUUCUCAAUACAAUGGAAACUAAGUAUGGAGUUCCUCUUCGAAUGGAGCACUAUGCAUGUGGUGUUGAUCUGUAUGGGAGGGCUGGACAGCUUGAUAAAGCAAAAAAGCUAAUUGAUUCUAUGCCAUUUGAACCAGAUGCCAUGGUAUGGAUGACCCUAUUGGGUGCUUGCAGAAUCCAUGGGAAUGUGGAACUAGCAAGCGAUGUGGCCAGCCAUCUAUUUGUGGCAGAACCUAGACAGCACUCUACCUAUGUUCUCCUGUCCAGCAUGUAUUCUGGUCUUGGGAUGUGGAGUGAUAGGGCAACAGUGCAGAGGGUAAUGAAGAAACGAGGAUUAAGCAAAGUCCCUGGGUGGAGCUGGAUUGAGGUGAAGAAUGAGGUGCAUUCUUUCAAUGCAGAGGAUAAAUCACACCCAAAGAUGGAUGAGAUCUAUGAGAUGUUAAGGGUGUUGCUUCAAGUAGAGCAGAUGCUUUCUAAUUGUGAAGAUGAAGAUAUUCUCAUGAUAACUUCCAGUGGCAUAUGAACUUGAAUUUUGAUAGUCCACUAUUGUGUACGAUAUGUUCUCAUCCAGAUAGUGUUAUUCCUUAAGUAAACAUAUAUCACAAAUAUUAUUUUUCUGACCAUUUAUUUGGUUAGAAUUUUGUGUAUUUCUUUGCACCUAGCAUAUUUAAAUAGUACUAUCAAGAGCUUUAAUUUAGUUUCUGGGCAACUUACCAAGGAAAUAUUUUUGUUUUUUAGCUUGCCUAUAUCCUUGAGUCACCCAAGACCAAAUGCAAAGGGUAAUGAUGCUGCAUGUGGAUCCUUGACAUGUCUAUCAGAUAUUCCAAAUGGUCUGCCAUCUCAGAUGUUUUUCAGGGCAUUCAGGAAUGAUGCAUUAUUGUCGUAUAGGACAACAUGUGCCGGAUUAUUCUCUUAUGGAUGAAGAAAUCUGGCAGGUACACGUACAUGUUUAUUCAUCCUAUAUAUGCAACUAGAGCUUACAAAGGUCGUCUUUUAGCACUUGAUGCUUAUUCACAAAUGCUCAUAUCUGUUAUUUUCAAGCAAGUAAUGUGAAGCAUAUGCUUAUCUUUUCUAGUAAUUAAGAAUAACAGCUAUUCCUUACCUGUGCGCUGGGGGCUGUGGUGGAUCUUCUUAUACAUUUUCUCUUGUAGCUCCUGCUGUUACUUCUAUUGUUCACUAGGCCUGCUGCAGGGCACCUUUGGUUAUCCUGUGAUUGAUUUUUUAUGAAUGCUUCUUGCAAAAUUUCAAAAUUAAAAUUGAGACAAAUAUGACAGUAUGGUGUUCUUUGUGUAUCACUAGUCCACUACCUGCACUAGUUAACCAAUUUGUGAAUCCGUUAUCUUCAGGCUGAUCUUUUAAUUGCUAUUAAAUGCGAGAUGGCCUUAUCCUGCUGGUAUGUUGAACAGUAAACUAUUGUUUAAACUGUAUAAUUGAUGAUGAAAAAAAUUGUCAUAGUCUGAUUUUCUGAGAUUCCCUGCUACAUCACUCGUCAGCAUUUCUGCAGAAAAGCCUGGUGCUUGGCUAUUCUUUUAAGCAUAGAAAACAAUCCAACCAGUUGCAAUUAUAUAUGGAUUUCAGAUAUCAUACUCAUGUGAUGUAGCAGUACGGUGGAGAGAAUUAGAAAUAAAGAUAUUACAUCAUUAGAAUAUGGGGGAGCAAGUAGUGACAAUGUGGUCAGGCAGAUCCAGAUAGAUGUACGGGUUUGCAGCAGAACUGCUGAGAAUGUGGAAACUAAACUAUAGGAUGUGGAUACAUAUAUGUUGCGUGUCUUUUGGUGUGUUUUGUGAUAGAGUAAAUAAUGGAAAUAUUGGCCAAGUUAAGCACUCGCAAUGAAAAUAUGGACCAAUGUCAGUCCAAGAAGAUAAACGCAAAGCGACCUUUUCUUUAUCAUUUUUUUAUUUCAUUAUGUAAUAUAUUUUGUUUUGAUUAGCGUCAGUCUUUAGAAACUCCGAUGCUCAUUCUGUUCUAAAAAAAAUUCAAUGCAAUAUGUAGCAAAAGUCGAAUUAUAUGGAA